AUGUGGCUGCAGAACCUGCUUCUCCUUGGCACUGUGGUUUGUUGCAUCUGUGCACCCACCCUCCCACCCAGCCCUGUCACUCGGCCCUGGAAACACGUGGAUGCCAUCAAGGAAGCCUUGAGCCUCCUGAACCACAACAGUGACCCGGAUGCUGUGACGAAUGAAACAGUAGAAGUUGUCUAUAACUCAUUUUAUUCCCAGGCGCCCACGUGCCUGCAGACCCGCCUGGAGCUGUUCGAGAAGGGCCUGCGGGGCAGCCUCACCAAGCUCAAGGGCUCCUUGACUAUGAUGGCCAGCCAGUACAAGCAGCACUGCCCCCCCACCCCGGAAACUCCCUGUAUGACCCAGGCUGUCACCUUCAACAGUUUCAAAAAGAAACUGAAGGACUUUCUGUUUGCCAUCCCUUUCGACUGCUGGAUGCCAGUGAAGAAGUGA